CAUAUUCUGGCGCUUGGAGACUGCCCAAUUACAUCAUGUACAUGCGUAUAUAAAUACGAGAUUUAAGCAUUUGCUCAGCUAGUAAACACACAAGAUGUAUUAUUCUCUUUUGGGUUUACUUUUAUCGAAUGCGGUUUCUACUAUGAUGGCACAACGCGCAAUUGGUGACGAGUGCUUUGUUCGUUGUGAACUGUACUACCACCGGUUUGUCCAAGUAUGCCGGCCUAGAAUGGCAAAAUCGAAAUGCUUGCGUAUGGCGUUUAAUAACAUGAUUGGUUGCAACUCCGAUUGUAUGGAUUCACCAGGGUACAACAUGGCAAGGAUUUUUCGUAGCUUAGUGAAAGUUACAUUGUAAAUCAAAACCCAACGAAAAAAAAAGAAUCUUGGAAUUACAA